AUGGUGCGGCGGCGACUCAGAAAGGCCGCACUCGGGUAUCUGCGAACGUAUUUCUACCUGAUCCAGUAUGAAUCAGAUCUAAGAAUUGCACAAGACCCGGCUCUCUUCCUGGUCCCUACAGAGGUGACCUGGCGUCGGUUCUGCCAGUUCACUGAUAAUUUCAAGGACAUCACGGAUAACGAAGUGUCGGGACGAUAUCAUUACGGAGAGAUCCGAUUGACCCGACUGAACUAUUACGCGCCCGUUCUCUUCGGAAAAAGCCAUUAUAAAAGUAUGAACAAUCAGUAUCGAGCGUAA